AUGACUUUUCAACCGCCUCAACCGGAUCGGCCCCGGAGCAGCGACACAGACCACGCUGCUCCCUUGCCGCGACCGGGUUUCCUCAACCGCACCACCUCCGCCCCGGUGGGUAGCCUGUACACGCUUACCGGGUCGAAAAUGACGACGGAUAUGGGGAAGACCGCUGGACAGACCUUGCACGAGGAGGAGGAGGCUUCAUCGCCGGCCGCGGGGAAUAAUGGGAUCCUGUCGGGUUCCGCUGCGGACGAGAUGGCGCCGCAACUGAGUUUCCCCCAUGUCACCAUCGCCGUUGUCGGGCAGGACCACGUCGGCAAAACGACCUUUAUCCAGAGCGCGCUCGACAUGAGAUUCCCCAUGUCCUCGCGAUCCACCACCAAGAAGAUGUCAUUGGACGGGACCGUCUAUCUGGUCCGCCUGUUGGAGAUCGGGACGAAGGAAAUUCACAUUGGCUCACAAGGGGGGAUUGUUUGGCCGCGACUGGAUCAGGACGAUCCGCCUACGAUUGAUGGCGUCCUCGUGCUUCACGACGUCACGCAGCCGGCAGGACUGUCCCGAAUCACAGAUUUGCUCGACACUUUGGCCGCAUCUCCACUGCCGUUUGUGUUGGUGGCCAGUAAAUGCGAUAUACAAACUCCCGAUGGCCCCGUCGAGUCCGCUCUGGGCCACUAUGAGAUUCAACGGACGUCGCCGGUAUCCCCGCGAUCGCAGAAGGUGUGCAUUGCGAUGGUACUACGGUCGGUAGUCGGCCAUAAAUAUGGAGACCGUGUCAUCGCCGACGAUACCCCCACCCUCCCUCCAUCCUCGCACAGUCGUGCUAGCUCGGAGACCCCCACCGCCUUGUUCACAGGAGGAGCCGCUGGCGGCCCCAUCACCACCACUUCCUCCUCUACCUUUCACGCGGGAGUCGAUGGGUACGGUGUCGACCGUCUUCCCGCCGACUCGUCCAACACACCCACUCUGGCUUCCCAUGCGCAAGGGUCGCGAUAUGCCCGGAGCAAUUCGCAUCCGGUGCGACCACUCACACCUCCGUCGGGGGGCCGACUGAAUCCGUGCCUGCCGAGCGUGACGGGCGAUCUCUCCCCCAUCAACUCAGACGUCUUUAACAGUUUUCUGGACAUGGACGACGGCGUGGACGGGUCGCGCAGCGCCCCGUCGAGCCCCGGAAUCAAGGAUAAGGCGUCCAGCGAGGGGUCGUCGCUCGACGCGGGGUCCACGUUCGACGAGCUGGUGGACCGGCUGGUCGCGCAACCCAUGUCAAAGCAGGACUCGAAAUUCGCCUCCAUCUUCCUGUGUCUCUACCGCAAAUUCGCCGCCCCCGCCACGUUGCUGCACGCCUUGAUCCAGCGCUUUGAGUGGAAUGAGAAGCACAUCGAGGACCAGCUCACCCGCAUCGCAGACCAGCUUCGACUGCUUAAUGUCAUGUCCCAAUGGGUCUCGGAAUACCCCGGCGACCUGGCCUACCCGAAGACGCGGAAGCGGAUCAUCGACUUUGUGACCACGCUGGAGAAGAGCCACUUCUACAUGUUCGCAGCCAAGGAAGUGGGCUCCUAUCUCGAGGUGACGGCGGAGGAUGACGACGUCGGCUGGUCGUACGGGGACGGCGACGCGGCGGGGUCCGACGGACCCGAGACAUUCCUCCACCACUCGGGGCCCAACUCACCGUCGGUGUUUCUCGGCGGCGCCAACAUCAUCGAAGAAGGCGAGGAGGAAGAAGAGGACCCCAUCUACCACAUGAGCGCAUUAGACCUCAGCGAAGGCACCGUCGACUCAUCGCUGCGGCUGUCGGGGACCCUCUCGACUCACUCCGCGACGGACCGCCCGGGGACCAUCCCCAACCAGUCCUUCACAUUCUUGAACAUCGAAGCGGCGCAGCGCGAGGCAGAGCACCUGGAGCUGACGCCGCGGAACAUCCUGACGAAGCUGCACUGGCGGCAGAUCAUGGACAUUCCCGACGAGGAUUUCGCGCGCGAGCUGACGCGGGUGGACUGGAUCAUGUACAAUUCGUUCCGCCCGCGGGAUCUUGUGCGACACGUUAGCAUCUCGGGGCCGGACAAGGACAAGAUUCAGAGCUUGAAGCACGUCAACCGGAUGAUCAAGCAGUUCAACCAUGUGGCGCUAUUCGUGGCCAGUGUGGUUUUGUAUCGUGACAAGCCGAAGCAUCGGGCUAAGGCUAUGGAGAAGUUUAUGAAUAUAGCACAGAAACUCCGCCGCCUAAACAACUACAACUCCCUCGGGGCCGUAAUCGCUGGCAUCAACGGCACACCCGUCCACCGACUAACACAAACACGGGAGCUCGUCCCGGUCCAGAUCCAGAAAGACUUCAUGAGGCUGGUCAUUCUCAUGGGGACGCAAAAGAGCCACUUCGCGUACCGACUCGCAUGGGACAACUCCUUCUCCGAGCGGAUCCCGUUCCUACCGCUGCACCGACGCGACCUGGUAUCCGCGGAAGAAGGCAACAAGACGUUCAUCAAGGAGGACAAGUCGCGGAUCAACUGGCGCAAGUUCGAAGUCAUGGGGGAGGUGGUGCUGGGGAUCCAGCGCAGCCAGAAGACGCCGUAUUCGCAUAUGGCGCGGUAUCAGGAGGUGGCGCGGUUGAUUUUCGAUAUCAAGUUGUCUGGAGUUGAAGAGGACUUGUACGCGCGCAGCAUGCAGCUGGAGCCGUCUGCGGGCGGCGACGCCGGGCGGAAGAAGUUUGGAUGGCUCCGAUCUUAG